AUGGAUCGCAUUACAGCCGCUGCACAGGCUAUAAAAAUGGGCUGGGCUGGCGCCUGGGCUCUCAGAGACGCGUCGAGCUCGCACAAAAUGCGUGGCCACAUCUGGAUGACACUGCUCCUGGUCGUCGAGGCGCAACAGUUGCCGCCGCCUUUUCGCUAUCACAGCUGGUUUUAUGCGACGCCCUGGCGGCCCUUGUUGCCGGCGCCGGCGCCGACGCCGGGCGCACAACACCUGAGCCUGGGCUAUACGGGCCCGCAGACCUUUCCGGGCGCCGCGGGCCGGGCACAGCCAGCUGCCAGAAGGCCCGUGGUGUUGGGUCUAGUGCGGCCGGCGCGGCAUCAGUUUAUGCUGCCCUUCAGACCCUCGCCCUUUGCCGGCUACAGCAACGAGCAGGAGCAGCAGCAGCAGCAGGAGCAGGAGCAGGAGGAGGAGCAGCAUCAGGAGCCGCUCUUCCAUGCGCCCGGCUAUCCCCGGGUCACGGCGCACAGCAAGCCCAUCGAGGAGCACCCAGCUGAGGCUCUGCCCGCGCCGUCUGACGCGGAGCAGCAUUAUCUUUACAUGUCAGCCGGCAAUCUGUACCAACUAGUUAGAAGCUAA